AUGGCGUUGUUGUUCCUACGCUAUGCCAUGUGGUUGGCGGUGGCCCUGCUUGCCUUGGAUCCCAGCUCUCGGGCAGCGGCUCAGUACCUCCAGAACUUUGUAGCAGUUCGAAUAUUAGACCCGACGACUAACCCGCCAACGUUCUACGAUGGCUACAAAUACCGACCGACGCCCGACAACAUGGCGGUGUAUCGAAACGUCAUUGACACCCGAAAGCAAAGAAUCACAAUCUAUUACAACUGCCACUACAUGACCAACAUCUGCCAGAAUGUCAAUAACUUCAAGGCCACGGCACGGGGGCGGGAUCUGCAUCCCGGAACGUCGAUCCCGGCGGGCAUGUACACGUACGACUUUGACAGCGGCGAGGCCGAUGACGAUGACCCCGAAACACGCCAGUACUACCGACGCCAGGCAUCGUGCCCGAAGACGUGGAAGGACUCGCACACGUGUCCCGAGGCGGUGGGCCAGCAGACUCUGUGGCGGCAUGACGGGUCGUGGUGGUCAACGGCGCUGGAGCCGAACACGAAGAGCAAUACCCUUAUGCACGAGCGCAACGCGCAGGGCCAGAUUACGCGGUACUCGCAGUUGCGCUACUCGUGCGACGAGUUUCCGCCCGCCACGUGGGUCGAGGGCGGCAACGGCUGGGACCGCACCACGCCGGCCAACACCUUCUGCGCCGGCAUGUCGUGCAUCGUCGCCGGCUCCAACACCGGCGGCGUGGCUGUCAAGGCCGAGCAGAACUGGCAGGGUGAGGCGCACGGUAAGCUGCGCGCGUUGCUGCUGAGUCACAUUAGAGAACGCAAGUCCGAGUUUCCAUGGCACAAUCCGGACCAGCCAGAGUACGACGUGGCCUUUUUCGACUUUGCCGCCUUUGACAUGGGGCCGGACGGCUAUGCCGCCACCAUCUUCCGCAGCGAUGACGUCCUCAACCUUGAAACUGAUUUCAGCUUCGUCAACCAAGCUAAAAGAGAGGAGACGCCAGCCAACAACCCAGACGAACCGGCACGCACGCCCCGAUUGCUACCCGGGCGUACCAACCUCACCGCAGAGCAGACGUAUCAGCGUCUGCUGGCUGGCCACGGCUUCCGUAUCGGCAUCCCCGCCCACAUCAACGGGUCUGCUGUAGCCCAAAAGGGCCUAUUGGGCGGGCUGGGUGGCAUCGAGAUGAGAGCUGCCGGCUCUUCCGCCGACCUGAGCAGCCGCGCAAUGACGCCGCGCCCUAACACUGCUGGAGCCAGGACUCCCAAAACCGCUCCCAAACGCCAAGUCACGUCCAGCUGGAACUCCACCGACGGCAAGCCUCUACUGAAGACUGCGUCCGCCGCCGACCUCGCCAGGGCCCGGAGCAUCGUGGCCGAUGCUAUCACUGCCUCCGCCAAGCGGAACAAGGCGCGGCUGGCCAACCCGGCGCGCAACCAGUAUCGUCUCAAGCCUGGCACCGUAAUCGGCGGCCGUGUUGCAACGGCGCCUAACAAUAACAACGACAACAACAACAACAACACACGACGAGACCAGAGUGGCGAUGACAGCGAUGCGUCCCCCCCUCCUCCGCUCCUCGCAAUCACCGAGGAAAUCGCCUGGGCCGCGGCCCUCGUGACCGAAGCCGAAGCCACCGCACUGCCCGGGGGUGUGAACUCGGGAACCACCCAUGCUAAUCCGUCCAACUCCAGCUCGAGCGGCGUCAAGCGCCGGGCCCCUGUCCGAGGCACGUACUGGAUGGAGACCAUCGCACGCAAAGGCACCGUCCCGUGGGGCGACGACCCGACAUACAAGGUCUUCCGCAACGUGCUCGACUACGGCGCCACCGGAAACGGCGUAACCGACGACACGGCGGCCAUCAAGAAGGCCCUGAACGACGGCCGGCGCUGCGGCGAGAAGUGUAACGGGUCCACCACCAAGAACGCCAUUGUCUACUUCCCACCCGGCACCUAUCUCGUCUCGAGCACCAUCCCCUUGCCCUUCGGCACGCAGGUUAUUGGCGAUGUCCUUGACCGGCCCGUGAUUAUUGCCUCAUCGUCGUUUGUUGGCCUGGGCGUGCUGUCUACGGACGAGUACACCGGCGGGGGCACCGGACCCGACGGGGGCGACCAGCAGUGGUACGUCAACACGGCCAACUUUUACCGCCAGAUCCGCAAUCUGAUUAUCGAUGUGCGCAAUGCUCCCGUUAAGGAGGACACGGCAUGCCUGCACUACCAGGUCGCGCAGGCGACGAGCCUGCAGAAUGUGGAACUGCGGGCCGGGCCGGGCUCCAAGGGUAUGUACGCCGAGAACGGUAGCGGCGGUCAGAUCUCGGACGUGGUUUUCAGCGGUGGCGACGUCGGGCUCUACGGCGGCGCCCAGCAGUUCACGGCGCAACGCCUGCGCUUCGACGGCUGCGAUACGGCCGUUCACCUGUUCUGGGACUGGGGCUGGGUGUGGAAGUCGGUCACCAUGACCAACGUGAACGUCGGCUUCCGCUUCGUGGUGAAGGACCCGUCGGGGUCCGUCGGCUCGGCGGCCGUCCUGGACUCCUCCUUCACCAACGUCGGCGCUGCCGUCCUCGUGUCGCCGCCCUCGGCUGACGUGGCCUCGCGCAGCACGGGCCUGGUGCUCGAAAACGUGGCUGUCUCGGGCGUGACGGCCGUCGUGGCCGAUACUAGCGGCACGACGCACCUGUCCGGAGCCGGCCAGUCGCUUGUCGACCACUGGGUGCUGGGCCCCGUGUACGACGGCUCGGCUAGCGCGCGCUCUUUUUCGAUGGGCGGUAAGGUGGGCCGGUACCGCCGAGAUGGCGGACUCGUCGACUCGUCGGGCAACUACUUUGAGCGUCCCAAGCCGCAGUACGAAGACCGCGCUGUGGGCGAUUUUGUCCAUAUCAAAGACUUUGGCGCCGUGGGCGACGGGGUGACAGACGAUACCGCCGCCGUCCAGAGCGCGCUGUACUCCAGCCAGGGCAAGAUUUUGUUUGUGGACGCCGGCUCUUAUAUCCUGACUGACACCGUGGUGGUGCCAACCAACGUCAAGAUAGUCGGCGAGACCUGGUCGCAAUUCGUAGCCUUCGGAUCCGCCUUUUCUGAUGCGAACAACCCCAAGGUUAUGGUGCGUGUGGGUGCGACCCCGGGCGUGGUGGGUAACGUGGAGAUGCAGGACUUGUUUUUUACCACGAAGGGGCCAACGGCUGGCGCCGUGCUUCUCGAAUGGAACAUGGCCGCCGACUCCAAGGGGUCGGCUGCCCUCUGGGACUGUCACGUCCGUAUUGGCGGUGCUACCGGGACCGAUCUGACGCCCGCCGAGUGUCCGCCCCUGACCUCGGGCAUCGCACCAGGCUGCAACGCCGCCAGCCUGAUGAUGCACCUCAAGCCGGGCGCGUCGGGCUAUUUUGAGAAUAUGUGGCUGUGGGUGGCCGACCACAUGAUCGACGACCCGGAUCUCGAGGACGCCAACAACACCAUGGUACAGAACUCGGUGUACGCGGCCCGUGGUUUUUUGAUCGAGAGCACCGCGCCCGUCUGGCUCUAUGCCACGGCGUCGGAGCACGCCGUCUAUUACCAGUACAACUUCCACAACGCCUCCACCAUCUUCACCAGCAUGAUCCAGACCGAGUCGCCCUAUUACCAGCCGACCCCCCCGCCUCCCGCUCCGUUUGCUGGCGUUGUGGGCAAGUUCCCCGGCGACCCGGACUAUACCUGCGCCCCCGGUGAGUUCAACGGCUGCGACGAGUCUUGGGGCGUCAUCAUGCGCGGCUGCGAGGACAUUCUCAUCACAAGCGCCGGCCUGUACUCGUGGUUCUCGACCUACGCCCAGGACUGCAUCGACGGGCAGGCAUGCCAAAAGGCCAUGAUUCUGCUGCAGGGCAACCACGCCAGCGUGCGGAUCCAGAACCUCGUUACCAUCGGCACCAAGUACAUGGCCGUUAUGGAGGGCCAGGGCAUCCUGGCCGCGGACAACCUCAACGUGGACGCACACCCCUUUUGGUCGCAAAUCUCGAUUCUGGACGUCGCCAGCGACGGCGCCCAAUUCAACGACAUCAUCUGGAUCCAUCCGGACAUCUGGAACAUGGAUGAGCCCGAGUUCUCGUGCGCGCCGCCUUGCAGGGUCAAGCUCCCCCCGUACACAGGCGCCACCUCGGUCGUUAACUUCCCGCUUAUGACGGUCAGCAAGGACGCCUGGACGAGCACCAUCACGGUGCCACCCAUGACCCUGUCCAAGCUGGGCUUCGAGAUUAUGACGCUGGACGAAGGUGGUGGCGGGGGGCUAAAGCGCCGUACCGCGUUCGGGACUGUCUGGCCCGUCCCCGCCACGACCAGCAACUGGCCCGCCGUCAUCUAUCGCGGCCCGGACGGCGAGACCUCGACGGCCAGCCCGACGGGGGCCUUCCCGACGCCCCCGCCGUCCAUCGGGCCCGGCGCGGCGCCCCCGCAAAUGGGCGCCUGGCCGGCCCAGCCGCUGGUGGUGCGCGCCGCCGCCGUCGACCCCAACGCCGAUAUCGACGAGAAGGCCAAGGAGUGGCUGUGCCGGCAGGCUGCCUCAAACCCCAGCUACUGGGACAGCGAUCUUGUGAAAGAUUGCCCGGGAUACUUCGGCCCGGGCCUCGGCGAGAUCCCCUUAGGCCCCGACGGCAACGGCUUCGGCUGGGGCUGGGGCUGGGACGUGCCGGAAAUCACGGGCAAUGGUACCUCGUCUGACGCGCUUGAGCCGUGCGAUCUCCCGGAGACAUCCACCACCACCACCUCGGCAACCCCGACGCAUACGACCGCGCCCUCGACCCCGACCCCGACCAAGAACCGCGCCGAUCCCAACAAGAACACGAUCCACUGUUUCAACAGCGGGCAAAAGAUGAGCAACAUUCGGCUGCAGAACGGCCGCAAUUCGGCGUGUAACAACCUCGCCAUGCAGGCCGGGGUUUCGGGCCGAAAGCGCGGGACCGGCGAGAUAGAAGGGCCCUUCCUGGUCGACGGUAGGUUGCCGUUCAGCGGGAGCGAGGAGAUUCACUGGACGUUUGAGGUCAAGGAGGGCUGCGUGUGGACCUUUGACUUCGACGAGUGUCUGCACUACCUCAAGACCCCUGUCGAUAGCUGCGACUGUGGCGGUGAGAACGGCAAGCAGGGCGGAUAUGGCUCGAAUAAUUGCCUGAGUUGGAUGUUUGACCCGAAUAAAUCGUGGUAG